ACUUUAGCACUUGUGUAAAGCAGUAUUCAAAAUGUCGCUUAGUAGGCUGCUGUCGGCGACGUCCCAAAAUUUUAGAAAUACCACACGAUUGUUUACGGACAGAACCACAAUCUCAAUACUAAAGACUGAAGGACUUAUGUACAGCACACUAGGAGGCAGCACAUGUCACAGACUUGGCUCUCAAUUUGUUUCGAGGAGUAGCAAUAUUAAAUAUGUCAUUUGUAAAAACAACAUAUUUAAUGGACUACGACAUACACAGCGUAGAAUGUUUGGGAAAACUAGAAAAAGGCGUACUGACUUGGAAUUCACAAAUGGCAAAAGGCAUAUCCGGCUAUUAGGGAAACCUAUUUUGUUUACCAUUGUGUUCACUGCCUCCACCUUUGCUGGCUGUUUGAUUUGGAAAUUUGAAGUUCUGCAAGAGGUAGUACAGAGGCUCAUGAAGGGAGAAAAACCUCAAAACAUUGCAGAACAAACUUCUCAUCAAGCAAUAUUAGCUGGAAUUAUAGGCAUAAAUUUUGCAGUGUUUCUCUGGUGGAGAAUGGCUAAAUCUCCCAAAGAUAUAACCAUAAUGACAAAACUUUUCACAGGCACUCUCUUUAGCAAAAACAGGUGCUCUUCUAUGUUUUUAAGUACAUUUAGUCAUCAGGAAUUCUGGCACAUUUUUCUCAAUAUGUAUGUAUUGUGGUCCUUUAGGCGACACAUAACAUUUAUGGAGAAGGAGGAAUUUGUAGCUUUCUACCUAACAGCAGGUGUAGUGGCUUCACUGGCAAGUUAUGUGCGCUUGGCUCUGAGCCCCUUCACAGCAGCUUUAGGUGCCUCGAGAUCACUGGGUGCAUCAGGAGCUAUUCUUGCAGUUGUGGCAGCAGUGAUAUCUCAGAACCCAGACACAAGGAUGCAGAUAGCAUUCAUCGGGGAUAUUAUCCCACAUUCUUUUGAAGGAAGACAUGCUCUCCUCUUCCUCAUUGCACUGGACACUAUAGGGAUUCUACGAGGUUGGAAACUUUUUGACCAUGCUUGUCACCUAGGUGGUGUUUUAUUUGGACUCUGGUAUGCCAAUUAUGGACGCAAAUAUUUAUGGAAAGACCCAGAAGCUACUGUGAUGAGAUUUUGGCAUAAAAUCAGACAUGGAAGCAGAAAAGAAAAAUAGAACUGUGCAAAUAUUGAGACUGAUAGGCAAAUUAUUUCAUGAUUUUUUUUUAUUUUGCAAAAAUAUCACAGAUAAAGUAUUAUAGUACUUUUGACAGCAGUUUUUAUACAUUAAUGAUAAUGUGAUAUUGGACACAUUUAUUAUCUAUUAAUUAUAGUAAAGCAGUAUGUUACAGUAUGUUAAAAAAAUAAAACAUACAUAAAAUAAACAUACAUAAAAUAAACAUAAACUGUAUUCUGUACAGUUGCUCUUAUGUAACAGUAUAUGUUGCUGUUAUAAAUUUCACCAGUUGUCUAAUUUUUUUCAAAACUGAAAAAUUUCCAAAGGAAUAGUUUAAGUGAUUUGAAUGUCAGGUUAACUGUAAAAUUAUAUCUACUCUUACAUUUUUUUUUUUUUUACAAAUUUACCAAAUCCUUUUAUUAAGAUGCCCAUUUGUAUGUUUUACUGUUUCUACAGAUAAAGGCAAAUUUCCUUACUA